CUUUUUCUGUUUGUGAAAAGAGCUGAGCAGAGCUGAAGGCUGCAUGGUGGUUUCAGAAACUGCUUACUUAAUUUCAAGAGAACAAUGGUAGGAAAGGCUAGAUCUUCCAAUUUUACCUUAUCUGAAAAGCUUGAUUUGUUAAAGCUUGUGAAGCCAUAUGUGAAAAUUCUCGAAGAACACACUAAUAAACAUUCAGUAAUAGUAGAAAAGAAUAGAUGUUGGGAUAUCAUAGCAGUUAACUAUAAUGCAAUUGGAGUAGACCGCCCUCCUCGAACAGCGCAGGGCCUACGUACCCUUUACAAAAGGCUCAAAGAAUAUGCCAAACAGGAACUAUUGCAGCAAAAAGAGACCCAAUCAGAUUUUAAAAGCAAUAUUUCUGAGCCAUCCAAGAAAGUUAUGGAGAUGAUUCCCCAGAUAUCCAGUUUUUGCCUGGUAAGAGACAGGAACCACAUACAAAGUUCUUUCAGUUCCUAAAGAAGUAACAGAAUCGAAGGGACAAGAGGAACCUGGUAACCUAGUAAAAUAUUUCAGUGUUGUUUGGUGUAAAGCUUCAAAGAAAAAACACAAAAAGUGGGAAGGUGAUGCUAUUCUCAUUGUUAAAGGAAGGUCAUUUUCAUUGAAAGAUUUGGAAGGCAAAGACAUUGGAAGAGGCAUCGGAUAUAAAUCCAGAGAGUUUGAAAAUAUAGAAGAAGGCCAAACACUUACGAUUGGUGGAAAAGAAAUAGAAAUCAUGGGUAUAAUUACUUCAGAUGACUUCAACAGUGGAAGGUGUUUUCAGCUUGGAGGAGGAAGUCCUGCUAUUUCAAAUUCUCAGCCUGCCAGAAAGUACCUUUCUAAGCCAUUUAAAGGUGUUUGUGAACCAAGCUCAAAGGAAAAUAGGCAGUAUGAUUUCCAAAGUUGCAAACCACGCCAUGACCCAAAUACACCAAAUUCACUUGUAAUGCCACGACCAGACAAGAAUCAUCAGUGGAUGUUUAAUAAGAAUUGUAACCCCCUUGUGGAUGUGGUGGUGGAUCCUCACCUUGUGUAUUGCCUUCGACCACAUCAGAAAGAAGGAAUCAUAUUCCUUUAUGAAUGUGUAAUGGGAAUGAGAAUGAAUGGCAGAUAUGGAGCUAUUCUUGCUGAUGAAAUGGGUUUAGGGAAAACGUUGCAGUGUAUUUCACUCAUCUGGACUCUACAGUGUCAGGGGCCCUAUGGAGGCAAGCCAGUAAUAAAGAAGACACUUAUUGUCACACCUGGAAGCUUGGUGAAUAAUUGGAAGAAAGAAUUUCAAAAAUGGCUAGGAAGUGAAAGGAUCAAAGUAUUUACUAUUGAUCAGAGCCACAAAGUUGAAGAGUUCAUCAAAUCCCCAUUUUAUUCUGUUCUUAUCAUCAGUUAUGAAAUGUUACUUCGUUCCUUGGACCAAAUUAAGAAUAUAAAAUUUGAUCUUUUAAUUUGUGAUGAGGGGCAUCGUUUGAAGAACAGUGCCAUUAAGACAACUACAGCCCUCCUUAGCCUCUCUUGUGAGAAAAGAGUAAUUCUAACUGGUACUCCAAUUCAAAAUGAUCUGCAAGAAUUUUUUGCAUUAAUAAAUUUUGUUAAUCCAGGAAUAUUAGGCUCCUCGUUAUCUUAUAGGAAAAUAUAUGAAGAACCCAUCAUUACCUCAAGAGAACCUUCUUCUUCUGAGGAAGAAAAAGAGUUAGGAGAAAGAAGAGCAGCUGAACUCACUUGCCUCACUGGACUUUUUAUACUUAGAAGAACCCAGGAAAUUAUAAAUAAGUAUCUUCCACCUAAAAUAGAGAAUGUAGUAUUUUGCCGACCAGCAGCACUGCAGAUUGAACUCUAUCGAAAGCUAUUAAAUUCUCAAGCUGUCAGAUUCUGUUUACAAGGAUUCCUGGAAAAUAGUACUCAUCUUCUAUGUAUAGGAGCGCUUAAAAAACUGUGUAAUCACCCCUGCCUGCUGUUCAACUCAAUGAAGGAUAAAGAAAGUAGCUCAACAAGUUAUGAAAAUGAAGAAAGGAGUCUCUACAAAGGCUUGCUAAGUGUGUUCCCUGCUGAUUACAACCCUCUCCUGUUCACUGAAAAUGAGUCAGGAAAACUCCAGGUGCUGUCAAAGCUCUUAGCAGUUAUCCGAGAACUUCGUCCCACCGAAAAGGUUGUUUUGGUAUCCAACUACACAAAAACCUUGAAUAUUUUACAAGAAGUAUGCAUGCGGCAUGGAUAUUCUUUUGCAAGACUUGAUGGACAAACACCAAUCUCUCAAAGACAGCAAAUUGUUGAUGGCUUCAAUAGUAAAUACUGUUCUGAUUUUAUUUUUUUGUUAAGUUCAAAAGCUGGUGGUGUUGGACUUAAUCUUAUUGGGGGAUCUCACUUAAUUCUUUAUGACAUUGAUUGGAAUCCUGCCACUGAUAUCCAGGCUAUGUCAAGAGUAUGGAGAGAUGGUCAGAAACAUCCUGUUCAUAUUUACAGACUCCUAACCACAGGUACGAUAGAGGAAAAGAUCUAUCAAAGGCAAAUCAGUAAACAAGGUCUUUCUGGGGCAGUUGUAGAUCUAACAAAGACAUCUGAACAUAUUCAGUUUUCAGUAGAGGAACUUAAAAAUUUGUUCACAUUACAUGAAAGCUCACAUUGUGUUACUCAUGACCUGCUUGACUGUGAGUGUACAGGAGAAAAAGAUCAUACAGAUGAUUCUUUGGAAACUUUUGCCGUCUCUAGACAUUGUCAGCUUGGUCCACGUCAUCAGAAAUCUGACUCCCUAAAACCUCUUUCCAUGUCACAGCUGAAGCAGUGGAAACAUUUUUCUGGAGAUUAUGCAAAGCUUACAGAUCCCUUUCUUGAACAAAUAAGAGAAAAUGUAUCUUUUUUUUUCCAGAAUAUAACCAAUCAAGCUACUGCCAUAUAACAAAAGAUUACUUCAGAAUAUCCCAUUGCUUCUUUGAAAAAGUUGAUAUAAAUAUUAAAUUUAAAUUACUGAAAUUGUUUAAACUAUAAUAGUGCAUUUUCUUACCAAAUAAAGUAAUU